AGAGAAAACAAAAACUUUACGAAAAUUUCAGAAUAUUAUUAAAUUGUACUGAAACCGAAGCAGUGUCUGUGCUGAAAUCGGAUCGGUACAAAAUCUGCUUGCAUCUUGCUUCUUUCUCUUGCUUGUAGCUAACUCAUUCUUUGUCUCUUUCUCUCUCUUUCAUUUCCAAUGCACUUUAAUCAUUCGACGAAAUGACUCAAAGAGAAAUAUAGAACAACAACCACACACACUCAUUCACACUCCCGUAUUACACAACAAAACCAUUAAUCUAUUGAGUUUUGCAUUGCAAGUUACUGUAUUGUUUAUCAUCAAACAAACAAACAACUAGAGAUAGAGAAUGUCCAGGCCUCUACAUAGAGGUGUGUCUGGAGUUCGUGUACCUGACGGCAUCAAUGACUCGUCGUGGGACUCUCAAUCCAAAGACAAAACAGAAAAAGAUGAUUUUGAUAAAAGGGGUUCUUCAGAUCACACUGCUAUAGGAUUGAGGUCUCCUCUGAGGUUGGUUUUUUCGGAUAAAGAGAAUGGUUUUGCAUCCGAUCCAUUCAUUGUUGGCACGCCGAGAAGCCGUUUUAAGUUGCUGUUGUUUUCAUUGAAGUUUAGUUUAGUUUUUAUAGCUGUUGUUGCUCUUGUUGGAUCUUUCUGGUGGACUUUGAAUUUGUCAUCUUCGUCAAGAGGCCGCGUUUACCAUGGUUAUAGGAGGCUCCAAGAGAAACUUGUCUCUGAUUUGAUGGAUAUUGGUGAGAUUUCUAAGGGUGCUUCAAGGUGGAAAGAAUUGGAAACUUGUUCUUCUGAGUUGGAAAACUUUGUUCCUUGUUAUAAUGUUUCUGAUGGAAAUGAGGUUGAAAGGAAAUGUGAAUAUGAGCAGAGGCAAAAUUGUUUGGUUCUGCCACCAGUUAAUUACAAAGUUCCUCUUAGAUGGCCUACUGGAAAAGAUGUUAUUUGGGUUGCUAAUGUUAAAAUCACUGCCCAAGAGGUUCUUUCUUCCGGAAGCUUGACCAAAAGGAUGAUGAUGUUGGAUGAAGAACAAAUUUCCUUUCGCUCAGCCUCUCAUAUGUUUGAUGGAGUUGAAGACUACUCGCAUCAGAUUGCUGAAAUGAUUGGACUUAGAAACGAAUCUUCCUUCAGACAAGCUGGGAUUCGAACCAUACUAGACAUAGGUUGUGGCUAUGGUAGCUUCGGAGCACACCUCUUUGAUAGUCAACUUUUGACUUUGUGCAUUGCAAAUUACGAGCCCUCUGGUAGUCAAGUUCAGCUUACUCUUGAGCGAGGUCUUCCUGCUAUGAUUGCUUCUUUCACUUCUAAACAAUUGCCAUAUCCGUCUCUGUCCUUUGAUAUGUUACAUUGUGCAAGAUGUGGCGUUGAUUGGGACCAGAAAGAUGGCAAUCUCUUGAUUGAAGCGGAUAGACUUUUAAGACCGGGCGGAUACUUUGUCUGGACAUCACCACUUACCAAUGCUCGUAACAAGGAGAGUCAGAAAAGGUGGAAGUUUGUACACGACUUUGCAGAAAAUCUCUGCUGGGAAAUGUUAUCACAGCAAGAUGAAACUGUUGUAUGGAAGAAAGCAAGUAAAAAAAGUUGCUAUACUAAAAGAAAGCCUGGUUCUCGCCCUUUGUGUGGUAGAGGUCUUGAUGUGGAGUCUCCAUAUUAUCGCGAACUGCAAAAUUGCAUAGGAGGAACGCAGAGCAACCGUUGGGUUUCGAUUGAAAAAAGGGAAAAAUGGCCGGCUCAGGCUAAUUUGAACAAGAACGAGCUAGCAAUACUUGGAUUGCUGCCUGAUGAAUUUGCUGAGGAUUCUGACAGCUGGAAAUCAGCUGUUCGAAAUUAUUGGUCACUCCUUUCACCUCUAAUAUUUUCUGAUCAUCCAAAGAGGCCCGGUGACGAGGACCCUUCACCACCUUACAACAUGUUCAGAAAUAUUCUAGACAUGAAUGCUAAUUUCGGUGGCUUUAACUAUGCAUUAUUGCAAGCAAGAAAAUCUGUGUGGGUGAUGAAUGCGGUCCCAAUAAGUGGACUCAACUAUCUUCCCUUGAUCAAGGACCGAGGUUUUGUUGGCGUUUUGCAUGAUUGGUGUGAUGCUUUUCCGACAUACCCAAGAACCUAUGACUUGGUGCAUGCAGCAGGGCUUCUAUCUCUUGAAUUUUCCCAUCCGCGCAAGUGCACCAUGCUUGAUCUGUUCAUUGAAAUUGACAGGUUACUUCGCCCUGAGGGCUGGUUUAUAAUUCGCGACACAGUUCCCUUAGUAGAAUCAGCUAGAGUUCUAACAGCACAGCUGAAAUGGGAAGCGAGAGUUAUAGAAAUCGAAAGUAACAGCGAGGAGAAACUUCUGAUAUGCCAGAAACCGUUUUAUAAGAAACAUGCAAGCUAAUUAGUUGAUAAGUCCUGGAGAAAUUAUACCAUAAUAUACAUGUAUUCAUUUCCAUAAUCAUCAUAAAGUUGUGUCAUACAAAGUGAGAAUUGAAAAGGGAAGAAGAAAAAGCAAUAGAGGAUGAUACCUUCCAACACAUAUCUCCUAUGCAGCCUAAGGUGUGCAUAGGGUCAUGUAAUUACAACACAAUCAACAGAGCAGUUGAUCAAGAAUAUUGGUAGAUUUAUUUUUCAUUGUGAUAUGUCUGAUUAGAGUUUCUUAAACACAAAUUUAUUACUGGGAAUAAAAUGAUAAAAUAAAUUGUUGCUCA